CCCUUCUCUGCAAAAUUCCUACCGUCUGAUUUCCCUCCGUGAUAAGUAACUUUUAGAUUUCUUUAUAUUACUAUCACAAUGUCUGUUUCAAAACUAAAUCCAUUUCCGUUACACGGCGAUUCGGGAAUGGAGUCAGUCUGAUUCUUAUCUCUCCGGUUGUGCGUGCAGAAAGGGCCCACAAGAAUGUAAUUUCGCUUUUUGCUAAGAAAUAACACGAUAUCUCUUGGUUUUACGGUGCAUGUGCAGUUGUCGCGUAGUGUAAAAGGAAUCAGAGACACGAAGAGACACACCAAAAACCUGUACGCACUAAAUCAAACAAACAAACAAACACUGAACAAUAAUUACAGUAGUGAACAAUCACAACGACAUAAAAUAACAAAACUUUAAAGGAAGAGUUGAAAAAUGUUGCGAUCGAGAGCCCGGAGGAGAGGAGGAGGGAGCUCGCUGGGAGGAGUGCCGUCGUGGCCUCUGUCGCUGGCGCUUCUGUGUGCCUUGGCGUUGCACCAGGCAGUUGCAUUCAAUGUGAACCUUGAAGAUGUUCAGGUCUUGCAACCGCCGAUGCAGACUGGGAUUCACUUCGGCUUUUCUCUCGCUCAUUUCUUCAAUGGGACGGACAGGAGGCCACAGAGUCGAUUUCUUUCGGAUCUCCUGGGUGCUGGAGCUGGCAAGUCCAGCAAAUUCGAAGCCACCAUGGAGAGCAUGUUCUCUUACUUCGGGUACUCGCUGACGGCUGCUGACGUGAACGGCGACGGGUUGGACGACCUGGUGGUGGGGGCGCCCUUGUACCACAACAGCUCGCAUCACGACCAGGGCGCUGUGUUUGUUUACAUGCAGAAGAAUUUCGCUUUUGGAGGCGACGGAGUUACAGGCUCGGAGAUGAAACUUGAAAGCGAUUCUCCGUCUCGAAUGGGCCAAGAAUCCUACGGUCGCUUCGGGAGCUGCGUGGCCUCCGUGGGUGACCUCGACGGCGAUGGAUUCCAAGAUAUAGCUGUCGGCGCCCCGUUCCUGGCCAGCGGCGGGAAAGUGUUCAUUUAUCAGGGAUCGGCCAUUGGACUUGGGAAGACGCCGAGCCAGGUAAUAGACGCAAUGGAGAUGGACUCGUCCGUUCGUCCGCUCAAAGGCUUCGGAUUCGCCAUCGCUCAGAAGAUGCCUGACGAAACGAGAAAAGGCUUUGACGUGGGAAUCGGAGUCUUCAAUUCGGAUAAAGUUUUAGUGUUCAAGACGAAAGAAGUAAUUACGAUGGAAUGGAACGUGACUUUCGCUGACAAAAUGGAUCUUACCAACGCCACCUGCUAUUAUACGGGGUCGGAUAUGGCAGUAGGAAAAUAUCCUUGUGUUAUGAUGAAGACCUGUUUCCUUUAUCAGGUCAUGAACGCCAAGACGAAGACGAAACAGGCUUUGGUUCAACUCCACGUGAUUUUGGAUGAACGAGCCAACCGUGUCUUGGAGGUGGAACUACCUAUUAAAGUACAGUGCAAGGGCGGCGAAGCAGACGAGUGUAUGAGUGAUUUGACGCUGGAUUACGAAUUGAAAGGCUCCUACCAGCUCAAGAGAACGGACACCAUCACCGUGGCGUUCACCGUGGAGAAUCGAGGAGAGGUUGCCUACAACACACGACUCGCGAUCGAGAGCAGAGGCGACCUUAUCAGCAAAGAGAAGGUCGACAGCGCUGACGGGGUCGUGUGCGAAACCAAGCAGAAGCCUCAGAGGGUCGAGUGCGAGGUCGACGUCAUUUUCAAGGCCGGGCAGAAGAAAUUUGACGUCUACUUGACACCCCAAAAGAGCUUCUUCGAUUCCCUCGAAAAACAUCCUGCCUACUUCACGGUCGAAGCCACAGUAGAGACCACUUCCAAACAAGUGAAUCCGGACGCGUCGACGAAGAAUUUCCAGAUUCCUAUCGAAGUUCCGGGAGAUUUAGACCUGACGAAAGAGGAAUCCGACCCUUAUCACGUCAGCUACAACAGUUCCUCGUACUUCAAGAACCCAGGUGCGGCGUCUACGGAGCUCGAACUGGGCGAGGAGGUGAUCCACACGUACAAGCUUUACAACAAGCAUCCCUAUCCCAUAUACAGCACCUCGUUGACCAUUAGUUGGCCGCUGAAGAUGGAGGACCAUUACCUUCUCUACCUGCUGGACAAUCCGAAGAUCGAAGGUGUCAAAGCUUCUUGCAUCUACGAGAACGGGGGAAUCGACGAGUUCAGUCUUUCAAUCGCAAGCAAUGACCUGGCCGAAGGCAAUACCUUCUCUCGGGCACCGGAUUCGGGGGCUGUUACCUAUGCAGCGAGAAAAUCCGAGCCUGGCGUCCAAUACAUGGAAAUAUUCUGUACCCUCGGCGAACUGGACAAGGAAUCGCAGGUCAUAGUUCAACUGAGGUCACGAAUCGUUCAAAACUCGCUGGCAGAGAUAUCGUUUAAAGGAGGCUUAGUCAACUCCUCGGUCGGGGUCCAAGUGAUGCAUCUGCCCCUGAACGCCACGCGGCCCUCGCCAGUGGAGACUUCUGUCAGCACUUCUAUUUCUAGCUUGCCUUCAGGAACGGUUCCGUGGUGGGUGUAUCUGUUGGCUGCCUUGGGAGGUCUCCUUCUCCUCCUCAUCAUCGUCCUGAUACUGUGGAAGUGCGGAUAUUUCAAGAGAAAGCGAGUUGAAACGGCGGACGAAACUGAGGCAGAGAAAGACACGAAGGACAAACAGGAGGACGAAGAGGAUCUCCCGACGACGCCCCAAAGUCCUAUGUUGAAGGAAACCGAAGAGGCCAACGAUGACUUCACCUUCAGUAGACCGAAAUCCACGCAGCCUGUUUAGUCAUGGGCGAAGAGCAAAAAAGAAUAAAAAGAAAUGAAAAGGAAAGAAGGAAAAGAGGAAAAUAAGGAGGCGAUCCAUCGGUGUUCGUGAAAGAUUGGUAUUACGUUAUGUUCAACGAGGUAAUCAUGUAUGGUGUUUCGCAUUGCAAGGAACAUCAUGAUGAUUGAAACGUGUUGAAGUGACCGUUGCAGAAAUAAGAGUGUAGGGAAUAAAAUGAGACUUGAUGCGAUAAGUCUCGCGCUGUUGUCGAAAAAGUGGUUUAAUUAAAAUUGGUUAUUAGGAAGCAGGGGUUCCUAUAACACCUCGCGAACACCAGCUUGUCCUAGGCUUGAGUGGUGAACCUAAUUUCCCCUGGAAGAAACGGACACGCACCCGCACACGCACACGCACACGCACACGCACACGCACACGCACACGCACACGCACACGCACACGCACACGCACACGCACACGCACACGCACACGCACCCACCCACACCCACAC